CUUGACAAUGGUGGAGCCCGGGGCUGAGCUCUGGGAAGAGGGACUUCUUAAUGGACAGAGAACUGGUGUUUGAAUACUUUCCAUAGACUCACUGGAGCUAAAAAAAAAUAAAAAAAGACAGAACAAACUCUUUAGUGAUAUUUUUUCCCGCGUUGUAGUAACUUUUAUUUAGUUUUUCGCGCAUUUGCAGCACACUUUGAGCUCAGAAGUUUUGUUGGAGCUCUCUUGGGUGUUUUUUUUUUUCUUUUUUGGAGUAAUUUCCUGUUGCUCUCUGGAAAAGAAGACAAGGGGGGGAAAGUUUACUCGCUCUUGUUUGGAUCCGUACGUAAUCAAAAGUAAUGGGGGAAAUAAAAUUUGUGUGUUUUUAAAAAAAACUAAAAACUAAAGUAAAGUAAGUGCGGAUAACGUUGGGACUACUGCAGCCGCCUCCCGUGGAAAAAACAACACUGAAUUGGACCCACGCUGCGGACAACAAAGAAAACCUCCCAACAACUGGACGAGUUAUUUAAUAACCAGCCAGCAGCAUUAUUAUUAUUAUUAUUAUCAUUUUUUUUUUUUAAUUUAUAUAUCUGCAGAUUAGUGGAGUUGCAGGAAAUGAACAGCACGCCGGGAUGGAAAGGGGAAUUAUGAAUGAGUCGUUCGGCAAACAAAGAAGGACACCUCUGUCGGACUGAACUAGGAGCAAAGGAAACGCGUUGGAGAGAAAUGGAGGAGGAAGGCUCGCUUGAGACAAACAACACACUGGCAAAGGACUUAUUUCUGUCCUUAACGGGGUCAUUCUCAUAACAAAUCUUAUCAAAAAACAGUUCCCCCCCCACCACCCUUUGCCCAAUGCUGCGGUGGGUUUCUCGUCGUGCGUAAACAUGAGGGUGGCUCUGCUGCAGUUGUUGGUGGUUUUGCUGCUCGGUGGAAGCGGCCGCGGCUCGGUGCUUUCAUCCGAUUGCAAAUCAUCCGACGAACGUUUGAAAAGCGGGGAGAAAAGCGUCACCUUAGACAGGAAAGUGGUCUGCAGCAACAUGGAGCUCCAUCAGGUGUUACCCGCCGACUCCUUCCCCAACAGGACGGUCACGCUAGUUUUGAACAACAAUAAGAUUCAAGAACUCAGAAAUGGGUCCUUCAUUGGAUUAUCUACACUCGAAAAAUUGGACCUGCGGAGUAACCUGAUCAGUCGUAUUGAACCAGGCGCUUUCCUCGGAUUGCCAGCACUCAAAAGACUGGACUUGUCCAACAACAGCAUCGGAUGUCUCAACGUAGACAUCUUCAAGGGCCUCAACAGCCUGAUCAGACUAAACCUUUCAGGGAACAUGUUCUCGUCAUUGACUCAGGGGAUCUUUGACAGCUUGGUGUCUCUGAAGUCAAUGGAGUUUCAGACGCCUUACCUGCUGUGUGACUGCAACCUCCUGUGGCUGCUGCGUUGGAUCAAAGAGAGGAACAUCGUGGUCAAGAACACCAAGUGCUCCUUCCCCCAGUCUCUCCAGGGCCAGCUCAUCACUACCUCCAUCAGGCCAGAGCUCCUCACCUGCGAUGCUCCACUUGAGCUGCCCUCGUUCCAGAUGACUCCGUCCCAGCGUCAGGUCGUCUUUCAGGGGGACAGCCUGCCGUUCCAGUGUCAGGCUUCCUUCGUGGCCGAGGACAUGCAGGUGCUGUGGUACCAGAACGGCCGCAUGGUGAAGCCCGACGCCGCCCAGGGCAUCUUCAUUGAAAAGCGCAUGGUGCAGAACUGCUCUCUCAUUGCUAGCGCCUUGACCAUCUCAAACAUUCAGCCUGGCUUCACGGGGAACUGGGAGUGCCGGGUCAGGACGAGCAGGGGCAACACCACCAGGACCGUCCACAUUGUUGUGUUGGAGAGCUCCGCUGAGUACUGUGCACCCGAACGCGUCACCAACAACAAGGGAGAGUUCAAGUGGCCCCGCACCCUGGCAGGGAUCCGAGCCUACCUCCCCUGCAACAGACUGCCAUCGAGCGCGGGCUCCUACUCGGGCGGCCCGGGCGAAGAGCAGCGGGCGUGGCGCUACUGUGACCGCACGGGGCUGUGGACGGAGGAGGACUACACCCGCUGCCAGUUCCAGAAAGAUGUCACAAGGUUUCUAUACGUCAUCAACCAGAUGCCUCUAAAUGAGAGCAACGUGGUGGCUAGGGCUCGACGCCUGUUGGUCUACACGAUCGAUGCUGCCAACUUCUCAGACAAGAUGGACAUCAUCUUCGUGGCCGAGAUGAUUGAGAAGUUCGGCAAGUUUGUUGAAAAGUUUAAAGACCUCGGUGAGGUGACGAUAAGCAUGGCCAGUAACUUGAUGCUGGCCGAUGAGCGGGUGCUCUGGAUCGCUCAGCGUGAAGCCAUGGCCUGCUCCCGCAUCAUCGCCUGCCUCCAGAAGAUUGCUGUUUACCGUCUGGCCACAGCACAAGUCUUCUCCCUGACGUCCCCCAACAUAGCACUGGAGGCUCACGUCAUCAGGGCCAACGACUGGAAUGGCAUGACCUGCAUGUUGUUCCAGAGGCCCAGCCCCGAGCGCACGCCGGGACAGGACCGCCAACUCGCCUUCAAAUGCAACACAACCAGCUCCUCCUUCAGCAUCCUCCACAAGAGCACCAUUGUGGAGGCUUCCCUGCAGCUCCCCCAGUCUCUCUUUACCCAGGCUGCACUGCCCGGGCAGGCGGAGGACACGGUCUACAAGCUCCAUCUACUGGGACUCCGCAAUGGCAAGUUCUUUCCCUCCACCAGUAACUCCUCCCAACUGGCUGACGGUGGGAAGAGGAGGAGUGUCGCCGCCCCGAUCAUCAUGGCCAAGAUAGAGGGAUUGUCCCUGCGUGUCCUGAGGACGCCCGUCAACAUCACCAUGCGGCGGUUUGCCCGCGGCUCAGACGCCGUUUCUGCCCGCUGGAACUUCAGCCUGGUGGGAGGACACGGAGGAUGGCAGAGCGACGGCUGCCAGAUUCUGGGCCAUCACGACAACUUCACCACCAUAUCGUGCAACUCUCUGGGGAACUAUGGCCUGCUGAUGGACCUCAGCAGUGUGGAGUACUUCUCUCCAAGCAUCCAGCCGCUGCACCCAGUCAUUUAUGCCACUACUAUCAUACUACUUAUCAGCCUGCUCACCAUUAUCAUCAGCUACAUCUACCAUCACAGGUCUGUCCGUGUGAGCCGCAAGUUUUGGCACAUGUUGGUCAACCUCUGCUUCCACAUCUCCCUCACAUGCGGGGUCUUCGUAGGCGGCAUAAAUCAAACGCGAUAUGCGAGCGUGUGCCAAGCAGUGGGCAUUUUGCUGCACUAUUCAACUCUGGCUACCGCUCUGUGGGUGGGUGUGACUGCACGCAACAUUUACAAACAGGUGACGCGCAAGGCCAAACGCUACGAGGAGCUGGACGAACCUCCGCCACCACCGCGGCCUAUGCUCAGGUUCUACUUAAUCGGCGGAGGGAUACCCAUCAUUGUCUGUGGGAUCACUGCAGCAGCUAACAUCAAAAACUACGGCAGCCGGACCAAUGCACCAUAUUGCUGGAUGUCAUGGGAUUCCAGUAUUGGGGCUUUCUAUGGUCCAGUGGGAUUCAUCAUCUUUGUGGACUGCAUGUACUUCCUCAGCAUCCUGCUGCAGUUGCGCCGCCACCCCGAACGCCGCUAUGAGCUCAAGGAGCCGAGCGAAGAGCAGCAGCAUCUGGCUCCAUCCAACGGGGAGGCCGGGUCUGACGGUCCCAGCAGCCACUGCCACCCCCUCACUCUCCAGCUCCAGCCUCACGAGGCCUCGUCCUCCGUAGUGUCCGCUCCCCACCCGGUGCCCCUGUCGGCCCUGGAGAACGAGCACACCUUCGCCGCCCAGCUGAUGGGUGCAGCGGGAGCGUUGGGGCUGUACGCGGCCCUCUGGGUGUUCGGGGCCAUGUCUGUGUCACAGGACCACCCCUUUGAUUUAGCUUUCACCUGCCUGUUUGGGGUGGCAGCACUGGCACUGGGGGCGUUCAUGGUGGCGCAUCACUGCGUCAACAGGCAGGACAUGAGGCGCUACUGGUCCCAGGCCUGUUGCUCCGGGAGACGAGCCUACUCCGCACAGGAGGAUGCGCUUCUUCCCCAGCCAGGCGUGGCGAUGACAUCCACAGCAGGAUCAGCUAGCAAGGUGGACGGGGAGUCAACCAAGUGUGGCCACAGCAGCGCAGAGUCUUCUUACACAAAUAAGAGCGCACCGAGCAUGCGCAACUCCGCCCACGGCAGCAAGCUGACCAAUCUGCACGCGGAGGCGGCUCAGUGCAAGUCCGCCCCGGCACCGUUGGCCGCCAACGGUGCAGCCGUUUUGGACAACAGCCUGACGGAACACUCACUAGACAAUGAAAUCAAAAUGCACGUAUCACCAGUGGAGGUGCAGUUCCGCCCGGUGAACAACAUCACCAAUCCGACAGCCGUCACCAACGGACACGCGAGCAGGCAUCACAAAAACAGAGCGCGGGCGCACAGGGCCAGUCGGCUAACCGUGUUGCGAGAGUACGCCUACGACGUCCCGACCAGCGUGGAGGGCAGCCUGCAGGGCAGCGUGCAGAGCGCCUCCCACAGGCGGCACCACCAUUACGACAUAGCGGCGCGCAACAGCCGACGGGCGGCUUACAUGGCCUACAGGGAGCGGCAUCAGAGCCAGCUGCAGCAGGACAGCAGUGACAGCGCCAGCCUGCCACGCCGUUCACGCUCCGCAGACAAAGGAGGGGGCAGCACCCUGGGGAACGGGGCGGUGGUGACCGAGGAGACCGAGCUCGUGGCUACCGCUGCUGGGUCAUGCUCCAGUAAAGACUCCAGUCCAGUACAGCAGACAAGCGGCACAGAACUAGAAAGCCAACCCAAGUCGUACGGGCUCAACCUUGUCACUCAAACUGUCGGCACAGUUAAGGAGAACGGACAUGCAGUGCCUUUAAUGAACACAGAGAGUGCAGCCAGUGUAAAGACGGGCUUGUGGAAACAUGAAACUACUGUGUAGCGACCGUUUCCGUCCCAAAGGACUGCAUUGUGAUGUGCUCUCACCUUUAAACUGUGAAAUGUCUUUUUCUGAUUGUACAAAUAUUUUAUGAACAAUCAAAUCAUAACUGCCACUGAACUGUCUGUCGAUAUGUUUUUUUUGUAAAUGGUCUAUUUUUAUAACUUUUUAAGAGUUCUGUACUGCAUGGUCUGAGCUGUGGCCCGGCGCAUACCAUUACCCCGGGGACUUUUUUUUCUCUCCAUUUUCUAGUUUGUCCCAACAAUAAUUAAACAAAAGUUUACCUAAUUGAACGUUUUUUUAU